AUGUCUCAACAGGAUGUUAUUACACAGGUGCCAAAUGGUGCUACUGCAGGCCAACAAAUGAUGACUCAAGAUGAUAUUGAUGACUAUAAUACAGUCAUACAGAUGAAUUUAAGAGGUGAGAUGUUUACUAUAACAAGAGAUGAUUUGAUGGCAUUACCGGAGAGUGUCUUGCUUUGUCUUUUUCCAAACGGUGUCUUUGUUGACAAGGAUGGAAACGUGAUUACAAACUUAACAGAGGACGAUAUUGUUUAUGUGAACUUUUCGCCUGUAUGUUUUCAAUAUAUUUGCAGGGUGUUUGAUAGUGCGGUUCGAGACUUGCAAAUUCUGGAGCAGCAGCAAACAACACCUAAGAGGCAAACUUACGAUAUUAAUGAUCCAACUAUCUUAAGCGAUAAGCCAUCGAUAAUCUGCUUGAGAGAGGAUCUGGAUUAUUACUGUAUACCGCCAAUGCGUCAGGUCACAAGCCAACAGAUGCGCCAAAUAAAAUUGAUGGUUGGUCAGAAACUUGUGAAAAACACUAAGAUCUUUGAUGGCUUGGGAUAUAAGCCAGGAAAGCAGCUCAAACCAGCCGAACAGCAUUUAAUGGAUAUGCUUUGCUCUUCGGGAUUCUCGGUGAGCGAUGAUUGGGGACAUCGAUCUCUUGAGCCUGGAAAAACGGUUAUCUUCUCUUUGACGCUGGUUCGUCUUAACAAUAACCUUUCUACAGCACCUUCAAGUGGUCCUGAUUCCCCUAAUCUUAAUCCCGUUUCUUCUGUAAGUUCUGUGGCAAGCACAGAGAAAAGAAGAUCACGUUUCAGCACCCUAGCUCAUGCUGUUUCUCGAGCAAGCUCUAGAACCAGAAGAGAUAAAUUCAAUUCUAAUGCUACAAAGCUACUUCUUUUCUGGAGGAAACCAGCCAGGAAGUGUUGGUGGGCCGAUGUUCGGGAAGAUGUUGACAUUUCUGAAUUGGGUUUAAAAGAUGCGCAAGGAAAAGAUUUGGGAAUAACAAGCAUCAAAGUCCAUAUUCGUCGGGUCUGGACUCUGGAGUUAUCCAUUAUAGGCGUUCAAUGA